CCGGCUGGAGCGGAGCCCAGAGCCUCGGCUGCCCGGCCGACGGAUGCCCCGGCAGGGCCCGUCCAUGGAUGCCAGCAAGAAGGUGGAUCUGAAGAUAAUCAUAAUUGGAGCUCUGGGCGUGGGCAAAACCUCCCUCCUGCACCAGUACGUGCACAAGACGUUUUACGAGGAUUAUCGCACCACGCUGGGUGCCAGCAUCCUGACCAAGGUCCUGGCGGUGGACAACACCCCCCUGAAGCUGCAGAUCUGGGACACGGGGGGACAGGAGCGAUUCCGGUCCAUGGUGUCGACCUUUUACAAGGGCUCGGAUGGCUGCAUGCUGGCCUUUGAUGUGACAGACAGGGAGUCCUUUGAGGCCCUGGACAACUGGAGAGAUGACUUCCUGGAGAAGGUCAUUCCAAGGGAGCAGGAUUUCCCCAUGGUCGUGCUGGGGAACAAAAUAGACCUCUGUGAUCGGCAGGUACCCAAGGAAACUGCCUCAGCCUGGUGCAAGGAGAAGGACAUCCCUUAUUUUGAAGUCAGUGCCAAGAACAACAUCAACGUGGCAGAGGCUUUCGAGACCCUUGCGAAGCAGGCGCUAACGACGUACAAAGGGAUUUUUGAGAGUUAUUUAACUGACUCCAUCAAACUCACUCCCUAUGACAAGCCCAAGAAGAGCUGCUGCUGAACCCGGGCACUGCCCACACUGGACCCCACAAUGCCCACGGCUGGAGCCCCUCCCAGGGGUCUGUGCCCUGUGCCCAUCCCAGGGACUGUCCAAGCCAGGGCACAGCAGGACCAGCCCUGGACACACCGGGACCAGCUCACUGUGCACCCCAGGACUUGCUACUUCCCACGGCUCUCCUGAACCAGAAAAUCCCAAAUUGCUGCUGUGUCACGGUGGCCUCGUCCCCCUGGAUCCACUGUCAUCUGGCACCCGAGCAGGCAAUGCCCCUGUGGUGAUGGUGCCAGCGGUGACAGUGCCAGUGCUUCUCUGGUGACAGUGCCAGUGCCCCUGUGGUGAUGGUGCCAGUGCCCCUGUGGUGAUGGUGCCAGUGCUCCUGUGGUGAUGGUGCCAGUGCUCCUGAUGCCUUUCCAGAGACCACGACCUCGGCCCCAGGGCUGUCCCUUCCCAGUGCAUGGGCUGGUGGCCCCACGGCUCUCACAGUGCUCACAGGGGGGACAUGUGGGGCUGGUGGCCCUGACACAGGGCUGAGAGCAGCUGGGUCCCCUCCUGGGAUCAGCCACGGAGGAGGCAACUGUUCUGUGCCUCAGUUUCCCCUCCAUCAAACACCUUCCACUCCCACCCCACCCAGGGAGGAUCCUCAGAAAAGCACUUUG